AUGAAGCUCCAAGCUGCACUGAGCGCUGUCUGGCUGCUGACAGCUGCAUGCUCGGCCCAGUCUAACAUUACAACGCAGCGACAGUCUCGGCAGAUCUUACAGGCUGAUUUCCAACCUCCGCAAGUGUUUGAGAAUGUCAACCUGGUUCGGACCACCAACCUGGAAAAGGGCUAUGUGAGAGAAACAAUCAAUGUAGUCGUUUCGAAUACAGACCAGAAAUCACAGUCAGAGUACUAUCUACCAUUCGAAUAUGACACGAUAGGCAGAGUUGGCGGCAUCGAGGUGCGAGACAAGAAGGAUGCUGCCAAACCAUCCUUCAAUGUGAGGCUGGCUGGUAUGGCCUCGGUCACUGGCGUGGACGGAACAACCACCAAACCGAGUCAAUACUUUAUCGUCACCUUCUCCGAACCUCUUGCUCCCAAGGCUCAACUCACUCUAUCCAUCUCGUACUACGUCCUGACAGCCUUGUCGCCAUUGCCUGCUCAAAUUCACCAGAAUGACAGGCAGUAUCUGACCUACUCUUUCUCUGCAUACUUCCCCUCUGCAUAUCCAACUCUAAAGCAGAAGACUAAUGUCAAGUUGUCCUCUGCCGAUGUCCCAGACUAUACUACAACCACUGGCUUGACGAAGGGCAACGAUCCCGAAGUGCAAGGCACCAAACUCACGUAUGGUCCGUAUGACUCUCGAGUCGAAGCUGGUGCUAUCCAUCCCGUCACUAUACGCUACGAAUUUACAAAGCCGAUCCUCGUUGCCUCAUUAUUAGAAAGAGAUAUCGAAGUGUCCCACUGGGGAGGUAAUAUAGCACUGGAAGAAAGGUAUUGGCUACGAAAUGACGCUGCGACGUUGAUGGACAACUUCAACCGAGUGCUGUGGGCUCAAAGCAACUUCUACCAGGGUGCCCCAUCUUCCGCUCUGAAAGAGCUGAAGGUACCGCUAAAGCCUGGAAGUGCAGACCCAUACUUUACGGAUGACAUUGGAAACGUCUCGACUUCCCGUUUCCGACCGAGUGAGGUGCGCGAUGCCAGUCUCGAGCUGAAGCCACGCUAUCCCAUCUUUGGUGGCUGGAAGUAUAGCUUCAAGAUUGGCUGGAAUAAUGCCUUGAGCUUAUUCGUCAGGAAGUUGAAGACUCCAUCCGACACAUAUAUCUUGUCUGUGCCUUUCUUGGAAGGGCCUAAAAUGUCAGAAGGGAUUCAGUAUGAACGUAUGGAGUUCCGAAUCAUUCUGCCAGAAGGCUCGAAAUUGGUGAAAUGGGAAACGAGUGGCGGCACCAACCUGCCGGUCUUGAUUGAAAGUCAAGACCUGCACAAAACCUUCAUGGACACGGUAGGAAGGACCAGCUUGACGCUUGCUGCUACAAAUGUUGUCGAUGAGCUCAGAGACAUUGAUGUUCUAGUCAGCUAUGAGUACACCUUGAUGUCGGCCCUCAGGAAGCCGUUGAGUAUCAUUGCUGGGUUCUCUUCUGUAUUCGGCCAGCAGCUCAAGCAGUCCCUGAUCAAGGAUUACUACUGGCACUACAUUGACUAUGAUGGCCUGAAAGAAUCGCUCAAGAAGCCCUUUGAGAAUGGCCACGAUGGCGAGCGAGAAGCCUGGACCGACGACGAUGAAGCAGCCUUCAUUCGUCAGCUCGAGGGAGAGCUCGACAAGGUUUUCAUGUUCCAAAAACUCAAGAGCAAGGAGAUCAUAGGUCGUAUCAAGAGCUCGGAAGAUGAAGUAAAGCAGGUUGUUGAUCGGCAGGAAGAGCUCAAUCGAGCUUCGGACGCCGACACAGAUGAGAGCUUGGAAGAAGAUUUUCAGCUCCUAGAAGCUGAUCUCAGUGAUAUUAUUGCUGACGUUCACGACCUGGCGAAAUAUACACAGCUGAAUUAUACUGGCUUCCAGAAGAUCAUCAAGAAGCACGACAAGCAGACUUCGAUAGCACUUCGUCCCACUUUUGCGACUCGCCUGAAAGCGAAGCCCUUCUUCCAAGAUAACUACGACGCAUUCAUCGUUACACUGUCGAGACUAUAUGACUUGGUAAGGACACGAGGACAGCCUAUAAAAGGAGAUAGUUCCGCGGGAGAAAAACAACAGAACUUUGUUAGGCAGACCACAAAAUACUGGGUGCAUGCCGACAACAUCACCGAGGUUAAGUUGAUCAUUCUCAAGCACUUGCCCGUGCUGGUCUUCAACCCAAACAAGGAAUUCGAGGACAAGGACUCUGCAAUUACCUCUAUUUAUUACGACAACACCGACACGUGGGAGCUGUACGAGGGUCGUCUCAAGAAGACGGAGGGUGCUGAAGCUAUACGCCUGCGGUGGUACGGUGGAAUGGAAAAUGAAACCAUCUUCGUCGAACGAAAGACACAUAGAGAAGAUUGGACGGGCGAGAAGUCGGUCAAAGCUCGUUUUAAUCUGAAAGAAAAGAAUGUCAAUGCAUUCAUGGCUGGCAAGAUGACUGUCGAAGAGGCUUUCGCGAAAAUGAGAAAGGAAGGCAAAAAGGGAGAGAAGGAGAUUGCUGACCUUGAACAGCUUGCUCGUGAGAUCCAGUAUCGUGUUAUUACAAGGAAACUGGUACCUGUCACUCGAUCUUUCUAUCACAGAACGGCCUUCCAAUUGCCUGGAGAUGCUCGAGUACGAAUCUCACUUGAUACAGAACUGACCAUGACUCGGGAAGACAACCUCGACGGUCGAAAGAGGACUGGUGCCAACUGGAGGAGGAUGGAUAUUGGAAUCGACUGGCCAUUCCAACAACUACCCGCCGAAGAUGUCGAACGAUUCCCAUAUGCUGUUCUCGAAGUCAAGCUACAGACCCAGGCAGGUCAAGAGCCACCUCAAUGGGUUCGUGAUCUGACUGCAAGCCAUCUUGUCGAAGCCGUGCCCAAAUUUUCCAAGUUCAUUCAUGGCACCGCAACAUUGUUCCCCAACAGAAUCAACUUGCUGCCCUACUGGUUCCCCCAAAUGGACAUCGACAUCCGAAAACCCGUUACUCAUAGAUUUGGAAUCGAGAGGCCCGGUACUACGGCGAGCUAUACUACAAGCGAUGUCGAUGAUGACUCCGAGGACGAGUUUGCACAACAGACAGGUCAAGGACCGCCACCGCGUGGCAUUGAACAAGACGAAGAUGAGGGUCAUCGCAGACUGCAUGCAGCACGUGAUGCUUUGGAACAGACUGCGGCAGAGCGCGAAAGAGAUGAGGCAGAUGCUACAGCAAAUGGUGAUGCACGAGCUCCAGGCAAUUCUCUUGACGUUGAGGAACGAAUAGCUCAGCAACCCCUCGUUGACGAAGAAUACCUAUAUGAUACAGAUGAGGAGGAAAGUCCAGACGACAAACUCGAAGAGGCUCGGAGAUCUGGAGGUUUACACUACUAUCCACUAUUGCUACAGCAUCAUGUCCUGAAGGCAGGUCAUGCAAUUACAGAUAUAUUCCACAAGUUACCCACCACAACACAUCUGCCUCAACGAGGUGGUAUGGGCCAAGUCAACCCCCAAGGUCAACCAAUACAAGGCACAAAACGCUUCAAGGCACCACCAGGCAAGAAGAUUCAUGUACCUGUUCGAGUUGAGCCAAAGGUCUAUUUUGCCACUGAGCGUACUUUCCUUUCUUGGCUCGAAUUCAGCAUCAUCUUAGGCUCUAUCGCAGCCACUCUUGUCAACUUUGGAGAUAACGUCUCUCUCGCUAGUGCCUGGGGUUUCACCGUCGUGGCAGUCGCAGCACUUCUUUACAGUGUUGUGAUUUAUGCAUUACGGGUAAGUAUGAUUCGAAAGCGAAGAGCGCAAGUUGGUGGAAGGUAUUACGACAAGUGGGGAACCAGUUUACUUUGUGUUGGACUUUUGGCUGCCACAGCUGUGAGUUUUGGGAUCAGGUUGAAGUAUGGCAGUGACGUGCCGCUCAAAGGUGACAAGCCAUCGAUCCAAUUUGGCGAGAAGAAAAUGGUGGUGCAAGGAUCGUUUUGA